AUGCGCCUAUCGUACAGCGAGCAGCUGAUUGAGCUCGAUCAGCAGCGGCGUGCGAAGGCAUACGGGAGGGAUGCAAGGCGCUUUCAUCUCAAGCUUCUGACUUUCACUAGCGCGCUGUUGUACCUCGGGGCACGUGUCGCGGCGUGGAUAUACCCCCGGUCAGUUUCACACACUUGGGUGGAUAAUGUGCUGGUGGAAGUCGUCGAAGAUGAUGGAGUGGAGCGUGUGUGCAGCAUUCUCGGCUGCGUCUUUGCGGCCUCUCUGAUUCUGCUAUCCUUUCUGACGCUAAGAGGCGGGGGGGCGCGUCGCAACUCGUCGCGUCUCGUACGUGGCCCUCGCGCUGCUGGUGACGGCGGCCAUAGGGUGAAGGAAUGGCCAGCACCCUUCUCGUCGAUUGCUGUCCCUGCAUCAGCGCAGUUUGGCGGUCUACCAAAAGUAGAUGCUCUCCCCACUGCGGCAGCGGGCGGUGCGCGACAGUUGCGAGUUCAUCAAAAUCACCCACUUCAACAGCAGCAGUCGAUUCGCUCGGAGGCUGAGCUCAAGCGCUUUCUCGCCUCGAAGGGCUUGGCUGGUGACAAGGGCAGUGAGGCCCCGCGGAGCGCCGCUACUGUAGCGGCCCCUGUUUCUACGGCAACGCUCUCCGGCCAUGGCGUCACUUCAGCGGCAGCUAGUGGGGAAGCUGUGUUUAGUGGGCCAUUAGUUGGGGCCGCCAUCGCGGCGGAGCCAUCAGAUGGUAUUCGCGUACAGUAUCUUGGUGGUGCUGAGAAGCAGACUGCGGCGCAGCCGGUAGAGACGGAAUGGAGUGGUCUAGGCAUUCUCAGUGCCGACCGCUCACUCCUCAAGGCGCGCAGGUGGCUAUCGGAUCUCUGCCAGGAACUGGCGGAUGAGACGGCCGUCUGCGAUCGCUGGUUCGCGGAGCGUCAGAUCAGCUCCUUUGACACCAUGCAUUGCCUGCAAGAGACCAUCCCAGUACCCCAGCCAUCUGCUGCAGCGACUCUCGGCGCUGGCAACACAAAUCUGCUGGCCCCGACAACACCGACGGUCCUGCGCAAACUCGACGCUCUUUUGAACGAACGGCAGAAGCUUGCCGGUCAGGCGCAGAAUGUACAGAAUUUUGACGCCAUUCUUCACCUUGACCAACGCCUUUCACUAGAGGCGAAACUCGAUCCGUCCGGCACCUUCCCAGCCGCGUCGCCUCUUUCGGUGGCGGAGCAGCAGGCUCAGCGGCAGUACGUCAUCAAGCGACUGCGCACCUUUGCGUCCCAGAAGACGCUCGCCUCAUACCGACACAACCACGGUGAUGCAGACCUCUGGCGGGACGGCUUCCCCACCGACGCCCAUCUGCUGAUUCACAUUGUUCGCGUCUGCGUCGACGGUUUUGCCAACUACGUGAAGUUCCCACAUCAGCCGAUGAACCCGCAGCAGGACCUAGCGAUAUUCGUUGGUGACACUGGGGAGCCGUACUUUUACGUGCGGUAUCGUAGCGGGGCGAAUGACAAGACGUACGCGACGCACCAAGGAGUAAACUCCCUCUUUGAGGCGGUGUUGAUCUUCGCGGCGAUCGUGCGUGCGUACCACAAUGACUCGUACGGUGGGAUAUGGGGCGUGAUGGACUUGUCCCGCACAGGCCUGCUGAGUGUGCUAUAG